AUGUCAAAUGAUAUAUCAUUCGAAAGCUCUCAUCGUGAUGAAUUUAAAAAUAUUUUUUUCGAAUUUUGUCGGUACAUUUUAACGAACAUACAGAGGUUCGAAAAUUUGUGGGGUGGAGUACCGUACCCAGAGAAUGAUGGGAGGGAGGGAGAAAAAAUGAUUGACAGGUGAAAUGUUUGGAAGAGAAGCAAAAUUAUUCUGCGUCUCUGACCAUACGGGGCAAACCGUAGAAGAGUUUAAAGGUGAAUUU